AUGCAUAUCGGAUGCGAGCACCGGUACCCAAAAGAGCUUGAUGACCUCUCCCCCGUCGAGGAAAGACUGAUCGCCCUCCAGGCUCCUUUCGGGUACAUUACAAAGUUCACCGUCGACAACAAGGCUCCUUCCGGCCUGAAUCAUAGGAAACACGUGAAGGGUCACAUCGUUGUGUUUCCGAACAAGGUCGAUGACCUUGUCGCGACAGUACUUCCCCAUCCGUUACUGGAGGCGAUCGAAAACAUCCACGUCUCCUGGAGCGGCUCAAGCAAGCCCAGCCCUACAGACGUCGGCCAUCUUCUUCAAGUCCGCAAGACCGUUGUGAGGGAUGCUCUGGUAUGGCUUCAGAAGAACAACCCCCUCUACAAGCACGUCGCGAUCAACCAUGACGAGAUAGACGGUUGGCGGUACGAGGAUAGCUCCAACGUCCCUACCGACAUCCUUGAAAUGAUGCGACGAGAAGAGCCUUCGAUUGCUGAAAAGACGCAGACGGACCACAUCGUCCCAGCCACCGAUAGGGGGUUACCGGAAAACCAGUCUACAAGUAUUGAAGAACUUCUCGACUCUGCGCAACUUCAUGCCGAGGAGCACCACCAUUUCGAGACGUCACCUGGAGAGCCCGUUACUGCUGUUCGUGGCCAGGGCCAUACCGAUCCUAGCGGCGAUGUCGUCUACGAGACAUCAUCCUCCGGCAUGUUCCCUCUUGACGAGCCUGCCACGUUCUCGGGGGCCGCCAAGCUAUCCUUCCUAGUAGAUGCUAUGCAAACGGACAGACACCGAGCUGACGAGAACUCUCAGCCAUGCGGCAUAGAUGUAGAGACUGCGGGAGAACAGCCGUUCAUCCGCGUGGAGCGGGGCUCCGACUUUGCCGACAACCUGCACGAAGACUUCUUCCCGAGGACGUUCCCUAAGCUUUUCCCGUGGGGAAAAGGCGGCCCGAAGGCGACGCCCGACACAGAACAGCACCAACAACGUGCCUCGGAGCCUGUCCAAACCCCUCCUCCAAACCACUCACUCAGCUACUGGGCCAAGUACGUGCUCCAGCGACACGGCGGCCGGUUUGCUACGCAUCCCGUGUUCUGUUUCCUGGUCUUCAACAUCCUUCUCCGAUCUUCCAACCGCCGCAUCAGCAUGGUCCGCAUGACAAAGGGUUCUUUCGACAGAGCCGAACAAGUCUAUCAAAGCCUGACUGCGGACCAACUGAGAAGAGCCGAGGACGAGAUGCGCCAGAACAGGACGACGACUGACCCCGACAUAUAA